AGAAUUGGGAUGAGAAAUUUAAAGUGUCAUUUGUUUAUAAAACCAUUUUCUGUCAAAACAGCAGUAGAGACUGAUUGCAAGAGAACUAAACAAAAGUAGCACUUUAAUAUAUAAUUUUAUUUAAAAGAGUAAUAAUUAAGUGAUAAAAAUGGGAAAAGCCGAGAAGGGCACGCCGAAAUACCUUGCCAACAAGAUGAAGGCAAAGGGUUUGCAAAAAUUGCGUUGGUAUUGUCAGAUGUGUGAAAAGCAGUGUCGGGAUGAGAAUGGAUUUAAGUGCCACACAAUGAGCGAAUCUCAUCAACGUCAGUUAUUAUUAUUUGCCGAUUCACCUGGAAAGUUUCUAUAUAGCUUUUCAAAAGAAUUUUCAGAUGGAUAUAUGGAAUUAUUAAGGCGUCGCUUCGGGACAAAACGUGUAAACGCAAAUAAAGUCUAUCAGGAAUAUAUAUCAGCAAAAGAUCACAUACACAUGAAUGCAACUCGAUGGCUAACACUUUCCGACUAUGUUAAAUGGUUGGGACGCUCGGGACAAGUAAUAGCUGAUGAGACAGAGAAGGGUUGGUAUGUUUCAUACAUAGACCGCAGUCCUGAUGCACUUGAACGACAGUCGAAAAUGGAACGCAAAGAAAAAAUGGAAAAAGAUGACGAAGAACGUAUGUUAGCUUUUGUCGAGAAACAAAUAGAAAAAGCAAAAUGCACUACUAAUCAAGAAUCAACAGAAUGUAUUGAAAAGUUUACUGAACUUAAACGAGAUGAGUCGCAGCCUUUGAAACUCGAUAUUAAAGUUGUGAAAAAUGUACAUAUGGAAAAUACUUCUCAUAAAGUGGCAUUAAAUACAAAGCAUUUUAAAAUGGACACAACUAUAAAAAAUAAUACAGUCCAGAAUGUAAAACAAAAAAGUAAAUCUGAUAGUAGCACUACAUCAGCGUUAGAUGAAAUUAUGUUAUUAGAAGAGCAGGCAAAAGAACGCUCUAAUCGAAAGGACUACUGGUUGCAUGAAGGUAUUGUCGUGAAGUUUAUUAGCAAAUCAAUGGGUGAAAAAUAUUACAAAGAGAAAGCUGUUGUGCAAUCAGUAAUAGACAAAUACAGAGCUAAAAUAAAGUUUCUUGAAAGUGGAGAAAAACUUAAAGUUGACCAGGCACAUCUGGAGACUGUUAUACCCGCACUUAAUAAGAAUGUACUAGUUGUAAAUGGUGGUUAUCGUGGUUUUGAAGGUGUCCUAAGAGAAUUGGAUGAAGGUAAUUAUUGUGUAUCUGUGGAAAUCGCAACAGGCCCAUUGCAAGGACGUAUAGUAAAAAACCUUAAGUAUGAAGAUAUAUCAAAGUUGCAUUCAUAACAAUAAGUUUUUUACAUCAUUUUACAUCAGAAUAUUGUGAAGUAUAAAUUAAGUUAUUAAUGUAUGGUAAUUAUAUUUUAUAAAAUAAAAAUCAAAGAAAAACAGUUUAAAGUUUUCAG